GCAGAUAUAAGGGUGAAGGACAGGGUCCUUUAUUUGAAAGGUCCACAGAGGGAGAGAAAACAGACUGAUGCGAAGAGGCCCCAUGAUGAGACGUCCUCAGAGCUGUGAAGAAGGUGAAGCUGCUUCCUCUCAACAUGAAAACCCAACCAGAACCUCCAAGCUGCCAUCAGAGAGAGUCGUCCUGCUGGUUCUGGGCUCUCUGCUGGCUGCUGCUCUCAUCGUCAUCUGCAGACUCUCAACUUAUAUCAUCCAAACAAAGGAGACCCUGCAGAGUCUCACGGAGGAAAACGAAGUCAUGAGGGGAAAUCUUCCAGUGUUUGAAGAGGAGCCAUCCUGUGAAAAAGACUGGGUCAGGUUUGAAGAAACCUGUUAUUACUUUUCCACAAAUAAAUUUUCCUGGGAGGAGAGCAGGAAUAGAUGCAGGGAAGCAGGAGCAGAGCUGGUUAAGGUGGAGACCAGAGAGGAGCAGUAUUUUCUAAGGAACAACCUUAACCGGAAAAUGAAGAGUUUCGAUGACAUGUUCUGGAUCGGACUGACGGACUCAGAGGAGGAGGGGAGAUGGGUCUGGGUGGAUGGCUCAGAGCUCAGUGAAAGGUCUGACCUCUUUUUGAUGUUUUGGAACGCACUACAACCUGAUAACUGGGCCAAGGAAAACCCUGCAGGAGAGGACUGUGUGAGGGUCGGGAUGGAGGGAGGAGGAGGAGGACCGAUGAAGAAUUGGUACGACAAAGACUGCAGUGCUGCUCAGAAGAGAAUCUGUGAGAAACUCAGAGACACCACAACUGAAUAA